CUCUCUGGGUUUCCGUAGAUAAUGUUCCGUUGAAGUAAACAUAAAAAUAUAAACAGUUUUUACGGAGUGUGAGCUUUAACAGAAAGUUAAUUAAUCACUUCCUGCAGUUGUUGAACUCAUCUGAUUUUUUUUUCAGAAGCUGUUUUUGAUUCAAACUCACCAAGAAAAAUGACGAAUCUGCGGAAGUGACGCAAACUUGAUGCGCAGGAAGUCUCAGAGCCGAACAACAUGAUUCUGUUCACAUCCAACAAACUGACCCGUUUACUGAGGAUAGCUGCUAAUAAACCGUCAGCUUUCCGAACCGGAACCGUGUUAAAGUCCGGAGCUGUGUGCUGUGUUCAGCCGAACCGGAACCAGGGGUCUGUGGACAGGACGUCCCUGCAGGGGUCUGUGGACAGGACGUCCCUGCAGGGGUCUGUGGACAGGACGUCCCUGCAGGGGUCYGUGGACAGGACGUCCCUGCAGGGGUCYGUGGACAGGACGUCCCUGCAGGGGUCUGUGGACAGGACGUCCCUGCAGGACAGACAGAAGCAGCAGAUGGCUCGAGGUCUUCCCAAACACAAACCUGUCUCAGGUGUGGAACACGUCAUCGUUGUGGCGUCAGGGAAAGGCGGCGUGGGAAAAUCCACGACUGCAGUUAAUUUAGCUCUGGGCUUGUUGGCCAACGACCCGUCCAGGUCAGUCGGUCUGUUGGACGCUGAUGUCUACGGCCCGUCCGUCCACAAACUGAUGAACCUGCAGGGACAUCCGGAGCUCAGCGACAAAAACCUGAUGAUCCCUCUGAGGAACUACGGCGUCCCCUGCAUGUCCAUGGGCUUCCUGGUGGAGGACACGUCUCCGAUCGUGUGGAGGGGACUGAUGGUCAUGUCUGCUGUGGAGCGCCUGCUCAGACAGGUGGACUGGGGCUCGUUGGACUACCUGGUGGUGGACAUGCCUCCUGGGACAGGAGACGUCCAGCUGUCAAUCACCCAGAACAUCCCGAUAGCAGGUGCGGUCAUCGUGUCCACGCCGCAGGACAUCGCUCUGCUGGACGCUCGCAGAGGAGCCGAGAUGUUCAAGAAAGUCAACGUUCCGGUUCUGGGUCUGGUGCAGAACAUGAGCGUCUUCCAGUGUCCAAAGUGUCUCCAUCAGACCCACAUCUUCGGUUCUGAUGGAGCGCGGCAGCUGGCAGACACUCUGGGGGUGGAGCUGUUAGGUGACAUCCCACUUCACCUGAACAUCAGAGAGACAUCAGACAGAGGACAGCCGGUGGUGGUCUCUUCUCCAGACAGUCCAGAGGCAGAGGCCUACAGGAAGCUGGCGUCUGCUGUGAUCCGGAGGCUCCAGGAAGUGAACAUGUGACCUUCAGCUCCAACAGGAAGUCAGCUGGUCGUUACUUCAGAAGCUUCUUUUAUCUGACAGGAAGUUAAAUCAGAGCCACAGCCAGUCUGUCAUGCUAAAGAAAUGAGAUGUUUAAAGCAGGUCUAAGAGC